GAGUCGAGAGAAGUUUGUGUUGGGUUUUGCUUGUGAGUUAGUGACAGUCCUCUAUAAAACAGGAAUGGCCUCCGUCAAAGAAACGGGGAGUUUUUUCACUCAUGGCGAUUCGAAACAGUAUGAAUUUGUCCUAACUCUCUACCCACAAGCCUUAAAACUUAAAGCCAAGGAGAAGAAACUCAAGAAGCCCGAAGACCUGCUGAAACUCGACGCAUGGUAUCAAGAGGAAUUACCCAAGAAAAUUCGAGCUCGGGGUAAAGACGCACAUCUGACCCACGACGAACUGGUUCAGUGCAUGAAAUGGAAGUUGACGAGAGGUCAAUGGAGACCACGGCUGCAGAAUCUUGUCCAACUGAAUACGCCCCAUGCAGUUGAAGACCAAAGCCGUGAAGCUUUCAAACAAAUGGUCCUUAAAGGCGAAAAAGGCAUCGAGUCUGCUAUUCAUAGUUUGGCGAAAUUGAAGGGUGUUGGGCCGGCUACGGCUUCAGUCCACCCUUCAAAAUCCCGGUAAGGGUGUUAUUUUUGUUUACAAUUUCGGUUCUUUUCUCCAACUUGCGAAAACAAAAGAGCAAAGAGAGGGAAAUUUUACUCGCAAAUGAUCAACUUGGUGAUGAUCAACACUCCCAAAGCGGUGGCCACCGAGACCCGGAAAGCUCUGCGCAAACUACCCAACCUCGAAUCCGCUUUGAAUAACCUGAGUAGUUUGAAAGGCGUUGGAACAACCAUGGCAACAGCUAUUUUGGCAGCUGCCGCUCCCGAAAUAGCUCCUUUCAUGGCCGACGAGUGCCUGAUGGCAAUCCCUGAUAUCGAAGGCCUCGACUACACCGCUAAGGAAUACCUCAAAUAUGUUCAGCACAUCCGAACAGUUGUGGACCGACUCAACGCCGAGAACCAAAACAGUGCGUGGAGCCCUCACAGAGUGGAACUAGCCCUUUGGUGUCAUUACGUCACCCGUAAGCUAGAGCCAUCUCUGCUGGAUGGUAUUCCUGGUCUGGAAGAGGAGAGCAAAGAAAAUGGUACGGCAAAAUCGAGUGAUGUUGCUAACGGUUCCCCUACAGCUGUAGAUGGGAAAGACAGUGAAGAUUCAUCUUCCGGGCCGCUUGCGCUGGCCAAUACAGAGGAUUCCUCUGAGGCAACAAACGAUUCCUUAUCGGUGGUGAUUAAUUCUGAGGAGACAAGUCGGGAGCCCACGACUAAUGGUAACGGUAAUGAUACUACCAAUGAUAACACCAACGACAACACCACCAAUGAUCACGAUUCGUCACUGGCUGAUGGCGUACCAACCAAUGGUGCAAGUGUCGUGGCACCAGAUGACAAUGCUGCUGUCGUCGGAGGGAGAGAUGACAAUGCUGUCAUAGGAGGAGAUGACAAUGCAGUUGUCGAUCAAGAAGAAUUGUCUUUGGAACCUUCUGCCUCAACGGCGCAGAAACAACCACCCGAAUCGAACUCGGUCUAUUUUGAAAUGGAAGAACCUAACGAAAGUCCAGAGAGUGUAAUUGCAUCCGUUGUGAAUGAAAAUGAGACCCCGCGAGUCUUGCCCAACUUUCAAAUCAAUCGUGAUAUUAUCGAAAGUGUAGCUAUCGAAAAUCAAUCAGAGGAAUUGAGAUCUCUGGGUAUCACCGUGUAUGAUCAGUCGAAAUUUGAAGAAAGUAUUCUACGCCAAGUUGACGAUGCACUUGAGGAACAAGAACGUCACAAGAAAGUUAUUAAUGCCAAGAAAAUAUUGGCUUCUAAAGAUGGUGACAAGGAAAAAACUGUGGCUGACAAGCCACUUAAGAUACGGAAAGAAACAGAAAAGGAAAAGAUGGUCCGGCUUGGUCAAAUGACACCUUUUGGCACUGUUCUAGGUUCUGGUGGCAAAACUACUGAGUUGACGAGCUUUGAAAAAUACAUGUUGGAACAAGAAAAGCUCCAAAAUGUAAAGACAAAAGUUUCAACUAGAAAGGGCAAAACCCUCAAAAGCCCUGCAUCUGUUGUGAACCUUAGCCCGGGGAAAAACAUAGUUAAAAGAGUAGCCCCAAAAUCACCAACCAAGACAUCAUCAAAAAAAGGAUAUCACAAUUUAAAUGAAUCCGACAGUGAUUAUGUUCCAAGUGAUGAAGAAUCUCCCAAACCCAAAAAGCCUGGGGGCCUUCAAAGAAAAAAGAGGAAACAAGAAAUAAUUGAGAAAGAAUGGAAUACUGAUGAUAGUAAUUGGGAGUAUUCUGAGGAUGAAGAAACACCCAAAAAGAGAAAGUCCAAGAAAACUUCAGACCGGAUUGUCGACGAUGGAAAUAUCAACGACUUCCGAGAAAGACUAGCCGUACUCCCGCAUUUCGAAACGGAAAAUGAAGAUUGUGAAGAAUUCGAAGGUGGUUAUCGAAUACCUCUCUCCAUCUGGAAUCAACUGUAUAAUUACCAAAAGGUAGGUGUCCGAUGGAUGUACGAGUUGAGGUUGCAAAGGUGUGGUGGCAUUCUCGGUGAUGAAAUGGGAUUGGGAAAGACCAUUCAGGUAGUAGCAUUUCUCGCAGGAUUGGCACAUAGCAAAUUGCUUACUCGGCUAUCGAGUUAUCGCGGACUCGGUCCAGUUCUCCUCAUUACUCCGGCUACAGUGAUGCACCAAUGGGUCAAAGAAUUCCACAAAUGGUACCCUCCUAUUCGAGUUGCAAUACUUCACGAAUCUGGUUCUCACACGGGUACCAGAGAUGCCCUUAUCAAAUCCAUCAAUUCAACCAAUGGAGUACUCAUUACGUCGUACACAGGCGUGCCGCAGUACUCUGAACGUUUGCUGCAACUUGAUUGGGACUAUGUCAUCUUAGAUGAGGGACACAAGAUUCGUAAUCCGGAUGCUCAAGCGACUUUGGUGGUCAAACAGUUCCGCACUUCUCACCGUUUCAUUCUCAGUGGAUCUCCUAUGCAAAACAAUUUGAAGGAACUUUGGUCGCUGUUUGACUUUGUUUUCCCGGGAAAGUUGGGAACCCUUCCAAUUUUUCUACAGCAAUUCGCGGUUCCCAUUACACAAGGUGGUUACUCUAAUGCAUCUCAAGUUCAAGUGGCUACUGCCUACAAGUGCGCUACAGUUUUGAGGGAUACCAUCAAUCCGUAUCUGCUGCGCAGGAUGAAAGCUGAUGUCAAAGAUCAUCUCCAGUUACCCGACAAAAACGAACAGGUUUUGUUUUGCCGCUUAACCCAAGAACAACGGCAGUUGUACCAAACUUAUUUGGAUUCCGGGGAAAUCAAGAGCAUCAUUGAUGGACGCUUGCAAAUUUUUGUCGGCCUCACGAACUUGCGGAAAAUAUGCAACCAUCCGGAUUUAUUUGACGGCGGACCGCCUGGUUGUAAGAAAGAGUUCAACGAGAGUGACCCCAAGAAACAGUUUGGAUGUGUCGAAAGAUCAGGGAAAUUAUUAGUCGUCGAAUCUCUAUUGAAAAUCUGGAAGGAACAGAACCACCGUGUCUUGCUUUUUUCUCAAUCAAGACAGAUGUUGGAUAUUUUGGAGUGCUUCAUACGACAGCAAAGCUACAACUAUUUACGAUUAGAUGGAACUACCAGCAUUGGAUCACGGCAGCCCAUGAUUGAGAAAUACAACAAAUCGGCAGAUAUUUUCGUCUUUUUGCUCACGACACGUGUUGGAGGUUUGGGUGUGAAUCUGACAGGUGCGAAUCGAGUCAUUAUAUAUGACCCCGAUUGGAAUCCGUCUACCGACACCCAAGCCCGUGAACGCGCCUGGAGAAUUGGCCAGCAAAAGGACGUCACCAUUUAUCGUUUACUAACUUCUGGCACCAUCGAAGAAAAGAUCUACCACCGCCAAAUUUUCAAGCAAUAUCUCACCAAUCGUGUGCUCAAGGAUCCCAAGCAAAGACGUUUCUUCAAAUCGAACGACCUCUACGAACUCUUCACUCUGAAAGAUACCGACAACCAGUGCACAGAGACUGAAGCGAUCUUUGCGGGAACGGGUUCUGAAGUGGCGACCAAUCCGCACGACGGGCCGCCAUCCGGCAAAAUGGACAAGCCUAGCGACGACGAAUGGAUGCGUCAGUGGAAAAAGGAAAGGGAAAAGAGAGAACUCGAAUGGAAGAAAUCGCUGGACAAACGCGAAAAACAAAAGACGAAAAUGACUGAGACGGAAGAGGAAAAGCGGAGACGGAAGAAACGAGAAGCCAAAGAAAAGAAGGAAAAGAAGCGAAUCAAAAUUGACGGUGCGAAAGUCAAACACGUUGUUAAAAUGAGUAGCCACAAUUCAGUCGCUGUCGAUUUGGAUGAUGGCAGCACUCCAUCCACUUCAUCCAAUAACCAGGAUGACUAUGUUCUCCAACGGCUCUUUGCCAAGACAGGAGUAAUGAGUGCCUUACGCCACGAUAGUAUUAUCGAUGCCGGAGAUCCAGACUAUGCGCUAGUGGAAGGUGAAGCGGAGCGAGUCGCAAAAGAAGCUGUCCAAGUUUUGAAGAGUUCUCGCCGUAAUUGUUACAGAGCCGAAGCAGGAAUUCCUACGUGGACUGGAACAAGCGGAGCUGUCCGUUCUGCAGGCCCUACAGACACGAAGAAGCCUCGCUUUGGUGCCAAAAAGAAAUCCGUUCUUCCAUCUGUCGGCGCUUACACUUCAUCACACCAUGCGGAAAUGUCGAAAGAAUCACCUGGAGCUGUUGAUGCCAUUGAUUUGCCGAUUCCAGGAAGUUCGAAUGCGGUUCUCAGUUCACAAGAUUUGCUCAGUCGAAUGCAAGCGAGGAACCGGUUGCUGGGCUUGCCAGGCAACAGUGCAGAUGACUGUACAGCAGGCUCUUCUUUCCGAUCUGCCAAUGAGGAAGAGUCGCUAAUCUUGGAAACGCAAUCGGCUCCGUUGGAAUUCGCCACGGGCGUCGACUACCACACCAUGACCGAAAAUAUUCGAUCCUUUGUGGCCUUUCGUGGUGUCACACCUGGCCAAGUGACAACGACCGAUAUCCUCAGCGAGUUUGACGGAAAGCUCCCCCUUCGGGGCGCUCCUCUCUUCCGUGCCCUCCUCAACCAACUGUGCAGUUUCACUAGAGAUAUCCACAACCAAGGAAUCUGGCAGCUGAAACCCGAAUUCCAAUGAAAAGUCAAUUUCCAUUUCUCUUUCUCUUGGCUGUCGAAAAAAGUUAAACAAAAUCCUCCGCCGUCUAUUUAAUUUCCAGGUUGCGUUUAUUUACAGUUGAUAAUCUCAUGUUUUGAUAUACUCAUUUGUGUUAUACAUCCGUUGAAAUUGCCCCUUUUUAUUGAAGAUAAAGUACGUGCGAGUGUUUCAUUGAUAA